AUGUCGGUCGGCAAUGCAACCGACCCAGCCCGUCGAGAUCGGCCUAAAGUGGAAACUAAGCGAGGUGGAGUUAUCUGCUUGCUUCCUGAUAAUCUUAGCGAAAUUGGUGUGGAGUACGUUGAGGGAUUUAGCAUUUUGAUAUCUGGCUUAUUUGGUAAUACAACUACAAGACUGGGAAAGUCAGUUUAUUCCCCAAGCAUGGACUCUGCUUUCUAUGCAAGAUUGAGACGAAGAUUAAUUUUAUCUGAAAAGAGAAAUAGAAGGGGAAAAUUUACGGAACCAUUGGAUUUAGGACCUCCAACAAUAGUAUGUGAACAUUGUGGAGCUCAACUUUGGUAUGAAGAGAGAACUGUAAAGUCAAAAACGCCUACAAAACCGAAGUUUAGUUUGUGCUGUUCUGAAGGAAGAGUUGAACUCCCUCUAUUGAAAGAACCUCCACCCUUUCUUGGAAACUUACUCAAUAUUAAUAGUGAUCAGAGAUCAAUAAACUUUCAACUAGGGAUAAGAAUCUACAACUCUCUCUUUGCUUUCACUUCUUUGGGGGUUAAUGUUGAUAGAUCAGUGAAUAAUGGUUCUGGUCCAUAUGUGUUUUGUGUAAAUGGUCAAACUCAUCAUAGAAUUGGAUCACUUCUUCCUGUCCAUGGCCAAAAACCUAAGUAUGCACAGCUUUAUAUUUAUGAAACUGAUAAUGAAGUUAAAAAUAGAAUUGAUACUGUUAUACAUGAAGAUGAUAGAAAUUAUGUGGAUACAGAUAUUGUUACCGGGUUGAUGGAAAUGUUAGACCAGUGCAACCAAUUGGUUAAAUGUUUUAGAAUGGUCAGGGACAGAUUUGAUGAAUCAGAUAUACAUAAUGUCAGAAUUCGUUUAAUACGAAGUCGCAAUUCUGGUGAAAGGCAAUAUGACUUACCUGUAACAUCUGAGAUAGCUGCUCUUAUUGUUGGAGAUUUUAAUAUUGAAAGUUCUGAUAGAGAUAUUAUUGUUGAGAAUCGAAGUUUAGGAUUGCAACGUAUAAAUGGAACUCAUCCAAGCUUUAUGGCAUUGCAAUAUCCAUUACUUUUUCCGUAUGUUGAGGAUGGGUAUAUGCUUGGUAUACCUUAUAGGAAUUUGAAUGGGAGCAAUUCUAGAAAAAGGGAAUCAAUAACAAUUAGAGAAUACUAUGCUUAUAGGCUUCAACAACGCUUUCAUGAGGGCAAGACAUUGUUGCUUGGUAGGAGGCUUUUUCGACAAUUUAUAGUGGAUGCAUACACUUCCAUCGAAGAAGAAAGACUACAAUGGGUUAGAUUCAAUCAAAAAAAAUUGAGGUCAGAGUUGUACUAUGGUUUGAAAGAUGUCGUUCUUCGUGGUGAUACAGAUCCCAUUACUGUAGGCAAACGAAUAGUCCUACCAUCCUCAUUUACUGGAAGUCCAAGGUACAUGGUUCAAAAUUAUCAAGAUGCAAUGGCGAUAUGUAGAUGGGCAGGUUACCCGGAUUUAUUUCUUACAUUUACUUGCAAUCCAAAAUGGCCAGAAAUCAAUCAUUCCUUAGAAUUUAUAAAAGGCCUGAAAUAUGAGGAUCGGCUAGAUAUUGUAGCAAGGGUUUUUAAGAUAAAAUUAGAUGAACUAUUACAUGAUUUGAGGCAUAAAUCUCAUUUUGGAAGAGUUAUUGCUAUUGUGUAUACAAUUGAAUUCCAAAAAAGAGGACUCCCACAUGCACAUAUUCUUCUAUUCUUGGAUCCAAAGGAUAAGUAUCCAAGUCCAACAGACAUUAAUGGUAUCAUUAUGGCCGAGAUACUAGAUCCAGAUGAGGAUCCUGUUGCUAAUGAAGCUGUAAAACAAUUUAUGAUGCAUGGGCCAUGUGGAUCUGCAAAUCCGAAAUCACCGUGCAUGAUGAAUGGUAAAUGUACAAAACAUUUUCCGAAAAGAUUUUAUGAAGAAACAACAAUUGAUGAAGAAGGCUUUCCAGUAUAUAGAAGGAGAAAUGAUGGAAAAACAAUAGAGAAGAAUGGAAUUCUUUUGGAUAACUGA